UGGCCCCUCCGACACAGUAGUUUUGGUUCCCUCACCGACUGUUGCCUGAUUGCUGAUUGGAUUAUCUGUGGCUCGCGUGUCGAGAUAUGGCGUGCUCGAAACAGAGGCUCCUUUCAGGUACCGACAAAUGCCGAAAUGUCGACGGAGAUACAGUUGAAUACUUCGGCCACCGCAGCCGCCCCACGUUUGACUAUGCGCGGGGGGGCAGUGGUUUUGCGGGGAGUCACUCGGUUUAUUCGAGGCGCGAGAAGUCACAGACAGGCUGCGAACCAAGGAAGUAGCAGCGCCAAAUCGAACUCAGUUAGCAGAAGAAGGAAGAAGAUGAGCGAGAAGGACCUCUGUAAAUGUCCGGCCAACAUUCUAGAAGGGGUGAAAAGGGACACGUCGUUCUCCAAGAACGAAAUCGAUGCGCUUUACAAAAUCUACAAGAAACUGAUUACUUACAACAAGUCUACGAGCAAAGCACUUCCAAAAUCUACCUCCUUGGUGGUUGUCAAUCCCGCGACGGCAUCGGAGGGCAUCGACAGAGUUGUUUUUAGGGAGGUGCUGCACAGCACCUUCGACAUUAUAACCGAGAACAUGUUGAUGGAUCGCAUUUUCUGCGUCUGGGACACUUCCAAUUGCGGAGUGGUGUCUCUAGAGAGUUGGUUCCACGGAAUGUCAUUGUUUCUUAAAGGAAACGUGCUCAAACAGACCCAAUAUUGUUUCAAUGUCUAUGAUCUUAAUGGGGAUGGAUUUAUUACUAAAGAUGAAAUGUUUCAACUUUUGAGAAAUUGCCUCAUAAAAUUGCCACAAGAAGAAGAUCCAGAAGAAAGUGUCAAGGACUUGGUAGAUAUAGUGAUGCGAAAGAUGGACAAAGACAAGGAUGGGAAGGUAUCUCUCUCAGAUUAUCAGCAGACUACGACUGAAGAGCCUUUGCUUCUAGAAGCUUUUGGAAGGUGCCUGCCAUCGGAUACUUCUAGGAUGACAUUCUUAACGACGCUACAAUCUUGA